AUGGCCGAAAACGAUAACGUCGCUCACGCCCUUGCCGGCGCCGGAGGAGGAGCCCUCUCAAUGGUCGUCACCUACCCUCUCAUCACUCUGUCCACCCGAGCCCAGACCGAGUCCAUGCGAACCAAGAAGGACUCCAAAGCUGAGACGCUGUCUGCCCUGGCUGCCGCCCGGAAGAUCGUCAAGCGAGAGGGUAUCGCUGGUCUGUACUCCGGUCUGGACUCGGCUCUGUUCGGUAUCUCCGUCACCAACUUCGUCUACUACUACUUCUACGAGUCGUCACGAACCAUCUUCCAGCUCUCCAAGGCCGCUGCUGGAGCUGCCAGCAUGAACCUGACCACUGGUGAGUCCAUGCUCGCCGGUGCCGUUGCUGGAUCCGCCACCGUCGUUCUGACCAACCCCAUCUGGGUCGUCAACACCCGAAUGACUGUGUCCGAGAAGAAGCAGGGCACUCUCGCCACCAUCAAGGAGAUUGCCUCCAAGGACGGCCUCAAGACCUUCUUCUCCGGCAUUGCUCCCGCCCUGGUGCUUGUCAUCAACCCCAUUCUCCAGUACACCAUUUUCGAGCAGCUGAAGAACCGAGUGGAGAAGCGACGAAAGUUCACCUCCAUCGACGCCUUCCUCUACGGCGCCCUGGGCAAGCUUGUGGCCACCACCGUCACUUAUCCUUACAUCACCCUCAAGUCUCGAAUGCAGGUCAAGCAGAAGGACGGCCAGCAGCUCAACUUCCUGUCCGGAAUUAAAAAGAUCAUCAACGACGAGGGCAUUGCCGGUCUGUACAAGGGUCUGGACACCAAGGUGGUGCAGUCCGUGCUCACCUCCGCCUUCCUUUUCUUCUUCAAGGAGCAGCUUUUCCACUUUGCCAUCAUCUUCCUGGCCAUUCUGCGAAGCUUCCGAAAGUAA